AUGUGCGUUUAUUGCUGCGAAGAAUACAAAAACCCAUCUGAAUUUGGCCCUCACAUGGUCAAGGAGCAUCCCACCACUUCCCUCCAAGUGGCUUUCAUGCACUGUCUCUAUGAAGGGUAUAUAAAAGUGGAUUGCUCACAUCUCCGAUGUAAAAUUUGUGAUGAGCACUUUGAGAAAUUACCAGACAUCGCUAAGCAUCUGAACAAUGACCACGAUAAGAAGAUUAACUUUGAUACUCACCUCGGCGUCCAGCCGUUUCGAUUCCCCAACGAUAAGUUGCUCUGUGGGCUCUGUGAUAAGAAUUUUCCGUGCCUCCGUCAAUUGAGUAGACACAUGACAACACACUACCAGAAUUUCACGUGCGAAGAGUGCGGAAAGUCGUAUACGACGAACAGCGCUUUCCAGCAGCACAUAAAAUUCCCCCACGCGUCUUCCGGUAUACAGUACUGUAGGCAAUGCAAAAGCACAUUCGAUACAGUAGCUGAAAAACGGGAGCACGACGAAAAGAGUGUCAACUGCUGGAAAUAUCACUGUACGUUCUGCUCGCCUCCAAAACGCUUCUUGAGAUGGACAGAGAAAGAGAAGCAUUUGGUGACGGUUCACGGGAAAAAGGAACGCACGCAUGACUGCCCGGAGUGUCCGAAGACGUUCCUCACACGUGAAACUUAUAGGAACCAUUUUGCAACGACGCACGCGGAGGCGUGCUACGUUUGUUCCUAUUGUAGCAAGAGGUUCAGCAAGAAACGAUACUUGGAUGAGCACAUCGUGGUACACACGGGUGUGAAGCAGUUCGAAUGCGAUGUUUGCUUUAAGACGUUUCCAAGGAAAGCGAAUCUAUCGCAACACAUGUGGACUCACAGCGACAAUAAGAGAUUCGAGUGUAAAUUAUGUGAUAAGAAGUUUAAUCAGAAAAUAAGCUACCGGUCGCAUAUGAAAACACAACAUCCUGAUGUUCAAAUUUAA